AGGAGUUUCGAGGUGCAGUGCCAAAAAUACGAUCAUGUGCCUAACCUAAAGGUGUAACUCAGGAUGUCGGGCCUGUGUCCAUAAUUAUAUCAUCGACAACCCUCUCCUCUGGAGCUAGGGAGACAUGACAUAUCCAAUGACAAGUAUGAGGUUUUUAUGCGGACUACGUUUUUGAACCAAUUCAUCCUAUAGAUGUUGCUUUCAAUCCGUUGCUUCUGCCAUUGGAGGAUUUAAGAGGGCAACAUAUGGGCAAGACACGUAAAUAUUAUGUUUUAUGGAAAAGUGUCAAGUGAGAUUUCGUCAGCUGUCGGCAUUAAUCUGCUGAAUAUCUGCGCAUAAAUACUAUCUUCCUUGGUUUGAAUUCCCUUGCCUUUGCCUUUGUCAUCGUCUUCAACUAUGACUCCCGCCAGCGACACGGCCAAUUACGAUGAGACAUGUCCACUCCUCCAUACCUCCAAUGCUCACAACGCUGAAGCUCAAAUUGCUGAGAAACCCAAGUCUACUCCUCUACCAAAGGGCCAACUCGCUGCACUCUGCAUAGUUCGUCUAGUGGAACCCAUAGCGUUCACCCAGCUCUUUCCAUAUGUCAACGAGUUUAUGAGCGAUCUCCAUCUCACAGAUGACCCAUCAAAAAUAGGCUUCUACAGCGGGUUGGUUGAGAGUGUUUUUGCUAUGUCUCAACUGUGUUCCAUCUACCAAUGGGCCAAGAUAUCAGAUGCUAUUGGACGACGUCCUGUGAUAUUUUUCGGCAUAAUCGGGCUCGCCAUCACCACGCUGAUGUUUGGUUUGUCUAAAUCCCUGGCGAGUGUCUUAGUGGCACGUUGCUUAGGGGGUUUAUUUUCGGGAAACGUCGCUGUCAUUCAUUCGGUUCUGGGAGAAAUUACCGACUCCACAAACCAGAUGGUUGCUUUGCCCAUAUACGGCCUCACCUGGCCUCUUGGUUCAAUCAUUGGACCACUUAUUGGCGGGACGUUCUCUCACCCAGCCUCAAAAUAUCCAGAAAUGUUAGGGUACCAGUUCCUCAAGGAUUAUCCCUAUUUCUUGCCAUGCUUUAUUGCGUCCAUGAUCGCUAUUAUUGGUAUCUUCCUUGGAUUCAUUUUCCUUGAAGAGACUCUGCCCAGCAAGCGCAACGGCAAGAAAAGCUGUUCCCCUAAUUCAAACACCAAUGGCAAUCGUGCCAUAAUCGCACCGGCUCUUCCUGAGAAGCCUCUCAGUGUUUCAAAAUUAUGUUCGAUACCAGUCAUAUCCGCUUUGGCACUAUCUGGCUUCAUGCUGAGCUAUAUCGGCACAUCCUUCGACGUUGUAUUUGUCUUGUUCUGCUACUCGCCAAUUGAAUCCGGCGGUCUCGCAUUUUCAGCAUCACAAAUUGGAUACUCUCUUGCCAUUGCGGGUGCUAUUGGUGCUACUAUCCAACUUUGUAUCAUGUCCUACCUCCUUCGAACGUUCGACUCUGCGAAAAUGUAUAGCUUCUGCAUGGGCAUAUGGCCUUAUACCUUCCUCGUCUUGCCUCUUCUAAACCUUAUCGCUCGUGCUGGUUUGGAUGAGACCACCGGCGAACUUGGAACGGCUACUGUUGCUUUGCUAUGGGUUGGUAUCGCUUUCGUCCUUAUGUUGACCAAGAUCGCUUCUCUUGCUUAUACCGUCAGCAUGAUUCUUAUCAAGGAGAACGCUCCGAAUGCCGCAUCGCUGGGGCAGUCUAAUGGCAUAGUUCAAUUUGCAAUGUGUUUCGCGCGAUCAUUUUCUCCCUUUGUGGUCAGCGCUCUAUUUUCAAUCUCCACAGAAUACAACUUAUUGUGCGGACAACUGUGGCUUGUCAUUAUGGUGACGGUCUCGUUCCUGGGCUUGACGACGUCACGCAAGGUCGAGCAGAACAGUGUGAAGUCGAUCGGUUGAACGGUCUAUUUCCAAUAGAAGACCUACCGCAAUAGGCGAUGGGCAAUUGCAUUGUAUAUUCCCAAGGCAUCAUAUCACGAGACCACAUUGUUUUACCUCUUUUCUUAUAGGGACACUUUCUAUGCCAUCAGACACAACCUGA